AUGACUAUCCCUUUGUCUUACUUCAGGUUCAUGUUUAUAGAAUUUGUUUCCAUUUUAAGUUCAGGUUUAGUUGAUUACAUCUUAUUCAGAGUUGUGAUGGAUACCAGAGGUCGAAAAAAGCGUCGAGUUGCUGGUUUUUCUUCUGAAACUGAUUUUGUUGAUUUAGAAGAUAGUCAGAGUGAUAAUGUGAUGUAUUCUCAAUAUGUUAAUGAUGAUUUUUUGGUGAUAAAUCAAGUUCUGAUGUUGAGAUGUUAUCUGAGGUUUCUUCAUCUGACGAUUCAGCUGUUCAGAGGUUCAAUAAAACUUUGUAUGAGUAGUGUUUGCAAGAUGCACUCUGUCAGUAAAUUUGCUACUGUCAUUAGUUUAUUGUCUGAAGCUAAGAAGGAUGUUAUCAGGAGAUAUGGAUUUGGCUCUCUACUGCUUUUUGACAAGUGUUUUGUGCCUAAGAAGUUUUCUAAGUGGAUGGCGUCUCUUGUUGAGUCCAAGUUUGGAGAUCUUAUUGUUCAUGGGAAGGUUAUAUCGUUGACUGCCAAAUCUGUGAAUCUUGUUCUUGGUAUUCCUGUUAGUGGUACUCAUUUUCCUUCCAAUUAUGCUACUAGCAGAGCUAUUGUUCUAUCUAAGAUUGAUAAGACUUCUUUGCCGCAAGUUUCUUUCUUUGCUGAAAAGUUGGCAGCCGAUCAUCUUACUGAUGAACCUAUGUAUUUGGAUCAUGUUGACUUCUCUAAUCGUCGUGUAUCUGAUACCUUUCCUCGAAUUGGAGUUUGGAAGCAAAAUAUGAUCAGAGAUUUUUCUGAUCUUGAUAUAAAAUCUCCGUUUGGUUAUGGUAUGAGGCCUCUUCUUGAUUUUGAGAAGACAUGCUAUCACAAGGGUUGUCUUCCUUGUAUUCCUAUUGAUUUGGUCUCUCUUGGUGCUCUUCCUGAUGAUUUGAAGACCAUUUUCUCUAAAUUGAUGACUCAAGUAUAUUCAUUUAAGCAAAAGUCACAGGAAUUAGUUAUUAAGGUUUUGAAGGAGGUUACUGAUUAUGAAAGUUCUUCUGAUCCUCAUAUUGCUUCUCCUAAGAUGGCUGCUGCAUCAGGAAAUGAAAAUGGUUUUCAUCAACCUCAUGAUUCUCAGGUUAAUGUUGAGAAAGUUGAAAGAGCUUCUUCUUUGGCUAAGGAUCUCGGUGUUCCUUCAUCUUCCAAGAAGCAAGUUACAUUUGGUUUAGCUGUUCCUUCAAAUGAUCUUUCUCAGCCAUAUGAUCUUUUUCAUAAAAGUGUUCAUCGAGGUCAUCUUGUUGGGAAAUCUUCUUCUCAGUUUGUGCCUGCACAUGUUGUUGAUGAUGUAAUUCCUGUUGCUAAAGAUCAUGAUUCUGAUGUUUUAACUGGUGGAUUGAAUUCUCCAGAUCAUUUUAGUGUAGCUUCAAUUGUUAUGCAGACUCUUCCUUUUUCUGAUGACGAGUCUCCUAAUAUAACUCCUAAGCUGCCAAAGAAGUUGCCUCCCAUUUCUCAGUUGAAAUCUUCAUCUAAGACUGGUUCUUCUGUUGCUGCUCCUGUUAAUGUGUCCUCUCCUGAAGUUACUAUUGUUGGUUCAAGAUCUCUAUCUCAGAAGCUCAGUUCUAGUGUGCAUACUCCUCCUGAAUCUGAUUUGAAGAUUGGUGGUCAUUCAUCUUUGAUUCCCAAUCAAUUUGCUCAAUCUUCAAGUAAAUCUGAUUUCAAAAUUUCGAAAUCUUCUACUGGUGGUAAGGUUCCUCUUCAUGGCCCUAGGAGGAGUGUUAAGCCAAGUCAGUAUAUGGGUGAUGAAUUUGAGAAGGAAAGGGAAAAAUUCAAAGUUAGCAAGUCUCAGAUUAUGAAUUACAAGGCUAUAUGUAAUUUGGCCAUGUGA